UGUCCAUAGGGUGUUUUGCCAGAAGGAAAAGAUAAGAGAGAAAAAGGAGGUUAAGUCAAAUGAGGGACCCUGGUCAGUGGGUACAAGCAGGUGAGCAGUGAAGGUCAGUUCUUGGAGUCUGCCUGGUGACAGUAACUGCCUCUGUCAUCGUAGGUACCAUUGUGAACACUGCCAAUGGCCACUGGAUCACUGUGGUAUUUAUUGCAGGGACGGCUGACCUUCCAGGACGUGGCUCUAGAAUUCACUCAGGAAGAAUGGGAAUGCCUGAGCCACAGUCAGCGGGAACUGUACGCGGAUGUGAUGCUGGAGACCUAUGGGCACCUCCUCUUCUUGGGUCUCCUUGUAUCGAAACCAGACCUGGUCAUCUUUUUGGAGCACGAGAAGGAGCUGUGGGGUGUGAAGAGACAGGAGACAGUAGCCUCACACCCAGCUGUAUCUUCGCAAUGCACCGAGAGAUUCCUGCCAACGCCGUGCUUAGAACAUUCUCUUCAAAAGGUGUCAACCGGGGAACAUAGUACCCUUGAGAAUUUUCAUUUAAUGAUAGAACGGGUCAACCAUAGGGAGAGUGAAGGGCAUGCAACAACAUAUCCUGACGGCCACAUCCAAACAGAGACAUCUGCCCAUAAGAAGAAUCUCACUGCCCAAAGUGGUGAACAGUACAAAGUAUUUGGCAAAACUUCCCCUUUCAAGUUAGCUAUUUCUGUCAAGCCGGGUGUUUCAGUAACCAAACACUCAAAUCAAAUUUUGACACAUAAUUAUUUGUUGAGAGAAAAUUUUGAAAAUCAGGAGAGUGACCUCAUUCAUGUUGAAAAUAAGUAUUUGACCCAAUGCGAAAAUGGGAUUGGACUGACCUUUCACUCAAAUGUAUCUGAGAAUCAUAGAUUUAAAACUGAAGAGGAAAGUGUUAAUUGGCAUCAACUUGAGGGGCACAUCAGAAAGAGGUCAACCCAAGAAAAUGACGAGGCAAUUUUGAAUGGACAUAGAAUUGCUGUUUGCAGUGAAUCUGAGGCAAAAUUUAACCAAGGCUCCAACGUUAACAAACAUCUGCAUACUCAUUUGCCAGAAAACCAUGUUGAAUGUAAUAAAGGUGAGGAAGUCUUGUCUCAAAGACCUAAACGUAUCAUACAGAGGAGGACACAUCUGGGAGACAAUCCUUAUAGAGAAUGUGGGAACGCUCUGCAGCUAUCCCCCAGUGUUGGUGAUCCUCAGACAAGUUGUGUGGGACAAAAGCCAUCCACAAGUAAUAAGUCUGGAAACACAUUUACUCAGUCACCAAGACUAAAUAUGCAUAACACAACUGGUACUGGAGAGAAAAGGUACACUUGUAAGGACUGUGGCCUAAUCCUUCAUUGCCACUCAACACUAUCUCAACAUAUGCGAAUGCAUGCUGGAGAAAAGUCAUACAGCUGUGAAGAAUGUGGUCAAACCUUUAAGGACUACUCAUCGCUAAAUAGACAUGAGCAAAUCCAUAUUAGGGAGACACUUGACAAAUGUCAACAAUGUGGCAAGGCCUUUAAUAGGCACUCCUACCUUAGAACACAGCACAGCAUCCAUAUUGGAGAGAAACAGUACCAAUGUCAAGAAUGCAGCCAUGCCAUUAAAGGGCAAUCCAACAUCACUUAUCAUCACAUGGUUGUCACUGAAGAGAAACCUUACCAAUGUAAAGAAUAUGACAAGGCCUUUGGCGAGCACUCACACCUUAGUCAACAUCUCAGAAAUCAUACUGCAGAGAAACCUUACACAUGUGAACAAUGUGGCAAGGCCUUUACAAGACACUCAAGCCUAACUCAACAUCACAGAAUUCAUACUGGAGAGAAACCUUACAAAUGUAAAGUGUGUGGCAAGGCCUUUCGCCAGCACUCAAGCCUUACUCUACAUCUCAGAAUUCAUACUGGAGAGAAACCUUACAAAUGUAAAGUGUGUGGCAAGGCCUUUCGCCAGCACUCAAGCCUCACUCUACAUCUCAGAAUUCAUACUGGAGAGAAACCUUACAAAUGUCAACAAUGUGGCAAGGCCUUUAGCCAGCCCUCAGUCCUUACUAAACAUCUCAGAAUUCAUACUGGAGAGAAACCUUACAAAUGUGAACAAUGUGGCAGGGCUUUUACAAGACACUCAAGCCUUACUCUACAUCUCAAAAUUCAUACUGGAGAGAAUUCUUACAAAUGUGAAGAAUGUGGCAUGGCCUUUUCAAAUCACUCAAACCUUAUUCAGCAUCGCAAAAUUCAUACUGGAGAGAAACCUUACAAAUGUCAAGAAUGUGGCAAGGCCUUUCGCUACCCCUCAUACCUUAAUCUACAUUUCAGAAUUCAUACUGGAGAGAAACCUUACAAAUGUAAAGAAUGUGGCAAGGCCUUUAUAAAGCACUCACAGCUUGUUAUCCAUCUCAGAAUUCAUACUGGAGAGAAACCUUACAAAUGUGAACAGUGUGGCAAGGCCUUUAUAAAACGCUCACGGCUUUCUCAACAUCUCAGAGUUCAUACUGGAGAGAAACCUUACAAAUGUGGAGAGUGUGGCAAGGCCUUUAGCCGGAACUCAAGCCUUACUCUACAUCUCAGAAUUCAUACUGGAGAGAAUCCUUACAAAUGUCAAGAAUGUGGUAAGGCCUUUAUAAACCCGUCAAACCUUACCCUACAUCUCAAAUAUCAUACUGGAGACACACCUUACAAAUGUCAAGAAUGUGGCAAGGGCUUUUUAAACCCAUCACACCUUAGACAACAUCUCAGAACUCAUACUGGAGAGAAACCUUACAAAUGUGAACAAUGUGGCAAGGCCUUUAGCAGUCAAUCAAGGCAUAUUCUACAUCUUAGAAUUCAUACUGGAGAGAAUCUUUACAAAUGUGAGGAAUGUGGUAAGGCCUUUAUAGACCACUCAAGCCUUACUCGACAUCACAGAAUUCAUACUGGAGAGAAACCUUACAAAUGUGACAAAUGUGGCAAGGCCUUUACCAGUCAAUCAAGGCAUAUUUUACAUCGUAGAAUUCAUACUGGAGAGAAUCUUUACAAAUGUGAGGAAUGUGGUAAGGCCUUUAUAGACCACUCAAGCCUCACUCGACAUCACAGAAUUCAUACUGGAGAGAAACCGUACAAAUGUCAAGUAUGUGGCAUGGCCUUUCGCCAUCAGUCAAGCCUUACUCUACAUCUCAGAAUUCAUACUGGAGAGAAACCUUACAAAUGUCAAGUAUGUGACAAGGCCUUUCGCCGGCACUCAAGCCUAACUAAACAUCUCAGAAUUCAUACUAGAGAGAAACUUUACAAAUGUGAACAAUGUGGCAAGUCCUUUAGCCAGUGGUCAGUCCUUACUGAACAUCUCAGAAUGCAUACUGCAUAGAAACCUUACAAAUGUCAAGGAUACGGCAAGUCCUUUAGCCAGCACUCACACCUUACUGAACAUCACAGAAUUCAUACUGGAGAGAAACCUUACAAAUGUCAAGAAUGUGGCCAUGCCUUUCCCCGGCCAUCAAAACUUUCCAAACAUCACAGAAUUCAUAUAAGAGAGAAACCUGAAAAAUAUUAAAAGAAUGUCAGUGCCUGUAAGUGGCCUUCAGGCUUUAUUGGACAUCAGAGGAUUCCUAGUGGAGAGUAACCAUAGAAAUAUAAACAGCAUGGCAGGCUCUCCCUACUUGUCACAACAUACUCAACAUCGUAGUUAUCACAUAGGAGCAAAUCUGAAAUGGAAAGAAAGUGGCCUCCCAUUUACCUAGAAUUCAGUCAUUGCUCAGUGUCUCAAAAUGCACUCUUGAUGCAAACCCUAGACAUGUAAUGAAUGAGGAAAGACCAUCAUUUUAAAUUACACUUUAGCAAACAGCAGACUGUGCAUAUAGGAAAGUAACUGGGAUGAUAGAUUUACAGAAGUAUUAAAUUGAACAUCAAAUGUCAAUAAGAUUACAGACAUCAAAAUAGAAAGCAGCACAUCAGUCACUCUUUUGAGACAUUACACCAAAAUACUUGUAGGGAAUAACAUAAAGUUAAACACAUAGAAAACAUAUGUCCUCUUCUGGUUUGGAAGAGUUUGUGGAUGGGUUUUUGCAAAGUUAUAAUUAAUUUCAAUAUGUGCUUUGUUGUCGGGAGCCAUUCUGAACUCACCAGUUGAGAACACUUGUGAGGUUAAGGCCGGUUUGCAAGGCCUCCUGCUGUCAGAGGAUGACUGACAUUCAUCCCCCCUCAAUUGUUUUGGCUUCAGCACUGACCCCCUACUACGUACCUUGUUGAUUGGUAUGGAGAGUGACUUGUCCCCUUAUAGCCCUACUAUGCUGAUUGCACCCUGUAAAGGAACUUACUGUAGGACCUGCUUCUUUUGUGAUUAUGGAAACAAACAUUUUCUUUCCUGAGAAUCCUGUUUUUCUUAUACUUCCCCUUAAGUCGACAGGCUCUUGAUCCCCGCUCACUAAGACCUAACUUCUGCCUUUGCUUUGCUGAAAACAUUGUCUUCUAUUUGAAUGCUAAAGAUAUCUUUUUUUGUAUGAUAAGCAUCUAAAUCACAUACAUCAAUCACUAUUAAUAAAGGCUAUACAUUAGUUUUCUGCAAA